GAGUUCCCCGGCCUGAUCCGUCCAUCAAAUGAUAGUGUUAAGCAGAAGAGACACAUUUGUCAAUGAAACGGUUGCGGAAGUAGUUGUGCUAUGAUUUUGAAUAAAUGUAACGGCUGCCACAGUAUUUAAGAAAAUGAGGAUAUGAGGCGUCAUAAGCAACAGGACAUAAGCGUCCGAUGCAUCGCUUCACACCCGUAGCACAGUUUAAACUGCAUGAGUCACGGCGCAAAUCUAACCUUCAACAGUAUCCAAGAGUGUCGGCCAAUUCAAACACGCUCCCUAUCAAAGCCAGUCGGAUCCUGUACCGCGGAGAGCUGCUGUAUUAGCUCGUCUGAUGAUAAGCACCCGUACGAUGGCAAAGAUAUAAAUAGUGCCACGCUAGCGCCCAGCUCGGUGCAGUUGCAUUUACAAUUGCAAACGAUCUGGUGGGUGUCCCAUAAAGUUGAGUUCCAGACAGAAAAUGGAGUCCUACACGGUGGUUGCGUUCAUUUUCGUGCUAGUGGUGGGAAACGGUGCGGCGCUAAAAUGUCGAAACUGUUUCAGCUCGAAAAGCUUCGACGAGUGUGAAAAGAUGGGUGAAAUACAGGAGUGCAAUGCUACUAUCGUCAACGCAAACCAUGAAGCGUUCAAGGGCGACAAUCCGACCCUAACGCAGGGCAACGGGACGGAAUUUAAGUGCUAUCGGUUUGAAGCUGCACGGCUCAAUCCGAACAAUACGGACACGGGAUUGCGCGGCUACGGUCGGGGAUGCACCUUUCUCAACACCACCUUCUGCAGUGGUUGGGUCAGCAGCGUGAAUCUUACCAGCUGCUCGACCUGCACAACCGACAAUUGUGAGCAAAAUCCGCCGGUUCCCAACACAACUACACAGCAACCGGGGCAGGUAACUUCCACCACCAAGAAACCUUCCAAUGGAGCAGGUGCAGUGACGUUUAGCAGUUGCCUGAGCAUCCUGUUUGCCUUAGCAGCGGCGGCGGCGGCGGCUCGAUGAGCUCUGUUCUCUCAAUCUCGAUUGUUUAAUAAAACUGUAAACAACUCAUGUUUUCACAGAUCGCACCGGUGCGAUCAACUUUCUUUAAAUAAAUAAAUUGUACGAUAGCGAACAUUGCUGGGGAACACGAUUCAAGCAUGUGUAGGGCCGAUUCUUAUCGCCAGUCAACACAUUGUAUCGGUAUUUGCGAAUGACAACUGUGACUGUUUGCAUGUUUGUACCGAGAUCUGUACCGGUGCCGGUUCAAUGCCGG